AUCCAAAUUCAUUUGAGGACAGAGAAGAAAUAAAAAUAUCUUGAGACAACGGCAAUUAGGUGCUUCAAGGUUGGACAAAAAUGAUUGUUAAAAGACACUUUUAUUACACAAGUCCUCUUUUUGGUCUCCGCAAUCAAUUGUGACUCCAUUUCUCCAUCCUCCCUUUUCCUUAUGUUCUCUUCUUUUCACCUUCCCAUUAAUCUUUCUAGAGAAAAGAGAGGACAUAACAUAACACAUUAGAUUUGCUAAUUGUUUGGUGAGGUGAGAGCUGAAACCAUGGCAUUUGCAGGAACAACCCAGAAAUGUAUGGCCUGUGACAAGACUGUCUAUCUGGUUGAUAAGUUAACUGCUGACAACAGGGUGUAUCACAAGGCCUGUUUCAGGUGCCAUCACUGCAAAGGAACUUUGAAGCUAGGCAACUACAAUUCCUUUGAAGGAGUUUUGUACUGCAGACCUCAUUUUGAUCAACUUUUCAAAAGAACUGGCAGUCUUGACAAAAGCUUUGAAGGUACCCCAAAAAUUGCAAAGCCAGAGAAACCAGUUGAUGGUGAGAAACCUGCAGCAACUAAAGUGUCAGGCAUGUUUGCUGGAACCAAAGACAAAUGUUUUGGCUGUAAAACUACUGUGUAUCCAACUGAGAGGGUUACUGUGAAUGGAACUCCUUACCACAAGAGUUGUUUCAAAUGCACACAUGGAGGAUGUGUGAUCAGCCCUUCCAAUUAUGUUGCACAUGAAGGCCGACUUUACUGCAAACACCACCAUGGUCAACUCAUCAAGGAAAAGGGAAACUUAAGCCAGCUUGAGGGUGAACGCGAGAAGGAGAAAAUUAAUGUGACAGAAGUUCCUGCUGAAUCUUAAUCUCUGUCAUAAAUGUUUGGUCCUUAA